AUGGCUUCCGAGUUCAAGAUCAAUAAGGCAUACGCAGAAAAAUACAACACAUGGAGAGCAAAAGAAGAAUUACAGAGACUCAAAGACAAAUAUGGUGAUGUGGACGUCAAUCAUUCAGAUGAAUCGUCAAGCUCAUCAGAAUCAGAAGAUGAAACUGCAGAGGCAUUGACUGCACAAGUUGAGAAAGACUGGCUUAAAACCUUAUCUGCCUUGAAAAGUAAAGAUCCCAAAAUCUACAACAACAAGGUUAAGUUCUACCACAGCGGGGAAGAGGAGGAUGAAGAAGAUGAGGAUUCAAAACCUAAAGCAAAAGGAAAGAAACAAAAACCAGUUUUUCUAAAGGAUUAUGAAAGAAAACUUAUAACAGAAAAAGAUGGACAAGUGAGCAGUGACAGUGAUGAUGAAUACAAGGAUGAGGAACCAGACAGCAAACCAGGUUAUUAUAAAGAACAGGAAGAAAUCAGAGAAAGCUUCAAAGCAGCUGGUUUUGGUGAUUCAGAUGAGUCCAGUGAUGAUGAAUUCCUCACUGAAAGAAAGAAAAAUAAACUACAGCAGGCUGAAGAAGAAGAAGACUAUUUAAACUGGUUGAAAGGACAGAAGUCAGAGCUACCAGAAGACAAGAAAACUGGAGUGGAACUGGAACCAUUGAAAGAUUAUUGGACAAACCCAAGUCUUGACUCUGGCGAAAAGUUUUUGAGAGACUACAUCUUAAACAAAGGACAUAUAGACAAGGAGUUUGACAGAAUUCCAACAUAUAGUGAAGUUGUUGAUGAAGAUAAUGAAUAUUCUGAAGAAGAAGAAAUGCUUGAAAAGCAAGAAGAGUUUGAGAGGAAAUACAACUUUAGAUAUGAGGAACCAGAUGCUGAAUUUAUAAAAAGUUAUCCUAGGACUAUCAAAGACACGGUCAGACGUAAGGACACCUCCAGAGCAGAAAAACGCCAGCAGAUAAGGGAGCGUAAGAAUUUGGAAAAGGAAACCAGAAAAGAAGAAAUAAAACAACUGAAAAAUUUGAAGAAAAAAGAGAUUCAAGAGAAGAUUGAAAAGCUGAAGAUGAUCACUGGCAAUCCUUCCCUGGGCUUCAAUGACGAUGACCUUAAUGAGGACUUUGAUCCUAAAAAACAUGAUGAAAUGAUGAAGAAAUUCUUUGAUGAAGACUAUUAUGAUGAGGGAGCAACAGAAGACACAAAACCAGAAGUUGGAUUCAGUGAUGAGGACUUGGAGACAGAAACUUGGGAUACUUGGACGGGUGGAACAGAGGAUGACUAUGAAGAGGGAAAUGAGGAGGAAUAUACUGAACCCCAUGUUGAUGACGAGGACUUCAAUAUGGAUGCUGAUUAUGACCCCUCUCAAGCUAUCAGUAAGAAAAAGAAGAAGAAGUCAAAGUUAGCCCAAGCCUUAAAUAAAACCAAACCUGUGUUUGAUCCCGAGGAGAAGACAUUUGAACAGUAUCUCAGUGAGUACUACCAGUUGGACUGUGAGGAUGUCAUAGCAGACAUGCCCUGCCGAUUCAAGUACAGACAAGUCACACCCAACGACUACGGCCUGAGUGUUGAUGAGAUCCUGAAAUGCAAAGAUAAGGAGUUAAACACUUGGGUUUCUCUGAAGAAGAUGAGUCAGUAUAUGACUGCGGAAGAAGAAGCUGAAGAUGUGAGGGUUUAUCGUGGUAAAGGGAAAAACCAGAGGAAAAAGAUGAACUUAUUGACAUCUUUAAAUGAGGACCACAGGGAACAGGAGGAGAAAAACUUGAAGGACAUUAUUGAAGAAAAGAAAAAGAAGAAAAAACAGAAGAAAAAGAACAAGAAAGCAAAGGAUUCUACAUCAACAGUAUCAACCACAGAAAAUGUGCAUUUAGGAAGUGGAAAAAGAAAAGCUGGAGAAGGUGAACACAGCCCUAAAAAGAAAGUGAAGUUGGAAAAAAGUCCAUUCAAGUUGGUUGAAAAUGAGGAGAGACCAAAAAAGAAAGUGAAGUUAGAUAAUGGCCCACUGGAGCAGGAAAAAGAAAUAAUGAAACCAGACCAAGACAUGUUAGAAGACAGUCCUGUAAAGGGUGAAAAUAAAAAGGUGAAGUUAGAGGAAAGACUGAAUGGUUCUAUACCUUCCAAAAAGAAAAAGAAUAAAAAAACUGCCAAUUCUUCAUCACAUGGAAAUGUUAGUACAGAAACUGACACAUCAAGGUUAACAGGUUGUGAUGAUAGUGGAGACAAUGCUAGUCCUGUGAGAUCCAGACAGGCGAACACAGAGGAGGCUUCAAACAUUGCCCCAGUGCCCCUAGCUGGUAGCACCGAGGCAGGCAGUCAUUCCUCAGGAACACAACAAAAACUGUCAAAAAGAAAGAGAAAAAACUUAAAAAAGAAAGCUAAGUCAGGUGUAAAAAAUGAAACUGCUGACAAGCAUCCUACUGAAAAACAAAAGAAAAAAAAGAAAAAAGACAAAUUAAACAUUAAGAAGCCAGUCAUGAGUGAUGAGAGACUGUUAGCUUAUGGCAUAGACCCUAAAAAGUACAAAUAUAUGCAGCUCAAAAAACAUGCUUAUGAUGAAUCAUGAAGAAGAUGUUAUUUGCGUCGGUUAAAAAUUUUUAUACUUUACUCAGUACUGGAAUAGGUUGGUAUGUCAGACACAUUCAGUACUGGGUUCUGAAGGCUAUGACAGGUGAAUUCCUUUUAUGUUUUUUAAGGAUAAAAACUUUUUGGUGUUAACUUAAUGAAGGACAGUUUGUACAUUUAUCAUAAAAUUUCAAAGAUAAAACAUGGUCUUACAGUAAAACUGCUGUGAAGGUAGACUUUAAAUUUACAUGGUACCCUGGAGAGAUUAUACAGUGAUGAUUUCAUAUCUAACAUAUGUAACCCUGGUAAAUAGUAGCCGAUAUAUAUCACUUGGCUAGAGAGAACUUCUCUUUAGCUCGAUUGGUUUAGCAUCAGACUAGUACACCAGAGGUUCUAAGUUGGCAUCCUAGCCGAGACAUUGAAAUAAAUAAUGACCUCUGUUACACAUAUGUAGGUGUAUCAGCCAAAUAUGAAUCAGAUGUAUUUAGUAUAAAGAGUCUAGUUAAUAAUUCUGGCAAUAUUGUAAAUGUUAAUUUGUUCUACUUCAUUUUGAAUGGUUAAUAGGGUUUGAUUUAUAUCUUUUGAU